AUGUAUGCGACUAAAAAAUUCUUUUUGUCCUUCUAUUCUGCAUAUGCAUCAAGACGAACAAUAUCAAUUCUAUCUAAAACAGAAGCACUUUGUCUAACAAAUUUUCAUAUACCUUUUCGACAAAAUAUUAAAAGUUUUUCCAGUAAAAGUAUUGCUCCUGUUCAAAAUGGUGCUGUGAUAUUUGCUGAAGUUCCAUCUGGCUAUCCUGAAGCCGGCAAACAUAUUAAAUAUGUUAAAAACCGAACAAUCAACAUAAAUUAUGUUAAUACACAAGGUGGUAUUGUGACAAAAAAUCUUGUCAUAUCCAUUGAUCCAUACAUGAGAGGACGUAUGAGACCAGCUGGAACAAAAAGUUAUAUAGAAGCAUUUGAACUCAAUCAACCAUUGACCAAUUUCUUCUUAGGUAAAGUUGUUAAAUCAGAUAAUAAUAAAUAUAAAGUCGGUCAAAUUGUCUAUGGACAAGGAGCAUAUGAAGAAUAUACAGUUCAUUCAAAAGAUCAAGCUGAGUCACUUCAUAUUUUGAAUGAUGAACAGCUCAAAUUUGGUUUACCUUUAACAACAUGGGUAGGAGCUGCUGGAAUGCCAGGACAAACAGCUUUCUAUGGUUUCUAUUACAUUGGUGAACCAAAGAGGGGUGAAACAAUUUUUAUUACUGGAGCUUCUGGAGCUGUCGGUCAAAUUGUAGGACAACUCGCUAAACGUGAAGGUCUUAAAGUGAUUGGAUCAGCUGGUACGGAUGAGAAAGUAGAAUGGCUUAAAAAAGAACUUUCUUUUGAUCAUUCAUUUAAUUAUAAUACAGCUAAUGUAAGAGCAGAACUUGCUAAAUUUGAUCCAUUGAAUAUUUGA